AUGGUGUGCCAACUUGGUAUUAACGGUUUCGGUCGUAUCGGCCGUCUUGUUUUCCGUGCUGCUAUGGAGAACCCCGAAGUGAAGGUCGUUGCUGUGAAUGAUCCCUUCAUGAACAUCCCCUAUAUGAAGUAUCUCCUCAAGUAUGAUUCCGUACACGGUCAGUUCAACGGUACCAUCGAGGUCGCUGAAAACGCCCUCAUUGUGAACGGUCAGACCAUUCAGGUCUUCGCCGAGAGGAACCCCUGCGAUAUCCCGUGGGGUAAGGCUGGUGCUGAAUACGUUUGCGAAUCAACUGGUGUCUUCACUACUGGUGAGAAGGCCUCUGGUCAUCUCCAAGGAGGCGCUAAGAAGGUCGUCAUAUCCGCUCCUCCUAAGGAUAAUACCCCGAUGUUUGUGAUGGGUGUUAACAACAAGAAGUACACUUCUGAUCUCAAGAUUGUCUCCAACGCCUCUUGCACUACCAACUGUUUGGCCCCUCUUGCUAAGAUUAUGAACGAUAACUUUGGCAUCGUCGAGGGUCUCAUGUCAACCAUUCAUUCCACUACUUCCACUCAGUUGACCGUUGAUGGUCCCGCUAAGGGUGGUAAGGAUUGGAGAGGAGGUCGUUGCGCCGAAGCCAACAUCAUCCCUGCCUCUACCGGUGCUGCUAAGGCCGUCGGUAAGGUUAUUCCAUGCCUUAACGGUAAGUUGACUGGUAUGGCCUUCCGUGUUCCCACUCCUGAUGUGUCUGUUGUCGAUCUUACCUGCCGUCUCGAGAAGGCCGCUACCUAUGACGAUAUCAUUGCUGCAGUUAAGGAGGCCUCCGAGGGCGAUAUGAAGGGUGUCAUGGGUAUCACUUAUGAUGAUGUUGUCUCCACUGAUAUGAUCCAUGACAAGCGCUCAUCCAUCUUCGAUGUUAAAGCCGGUAUCGCUCUUGACGACCACUUUGUUAAGCUUGUCUCGUGGUACGAUAACGAGUGGGGAUAUUCCAACCGCCUCGUUGAUCUCGCCGUUUACAUGAACAAGGUCGAUUCUCAGUAG